CACGUCAGUUUGCGUUCACUGUCAAAAAUACAGGGUAAAGAGGGGCACAACAAAUGGUCCUCCAUCAGACAUUUGUUUAGAAGAAAAAUCACCAAACACCAUCUUCAACCUAAUAAUUUAAGGAACAAAUAGCAGAAUAUUUACUCCACGAUAUCUUUCCUAACAUUUUAAUAACAGGGUCUUUAAAGUAGCAGAACUGGGUCGGUCUAGGUCUAGGUACAGGUCAGAGACAGAUCAGACAGACAAUGAAACGACGAGCGUUAAAGAUAGUUGUACAACAGAUAACGAACGAACUUCAUCCUAUUCAGAAUCUACACAAACAAGUAGAGAUGAUGACGAAAUCCUAAGGAUUCUCAAGGAGAAUAAUGAAAUACUCCACAGUGUCAAAACAUACGGACACGAUGAGGACGAACUGUUUGUCCGGUCACUAGUGCCAUCUUUAAAAGAAUGUUCGGGAGAAAAUAAGUUGAAUUUAAGAAUGGAGAUGAUGAAGGUAAUAGUAAAUUUUAAGAAAUCUCUCCCGCGGCCGGCGCCCCCAACGCAGAGUCUGGCAGCUGCGGCCCCGGCGCCGGCCCCGCCAGCAGCCGCUCGAAUUUCGCAGGUUUCGAAUCCUGACGCUGCUCCAGUAAAACCAGCUCGAAAAAAGGCUAAAGAAAAUGGUGAAGAUUCAGGAACGGCAAGAGAGAGUAUGUAACUUUCAUCCCUGUUCAUGUUUCAUAAUAUGCAAAAAUCAAUCAUCUUACAUAAAUGGAGAACACAUAAAGGAGGCAAAUAUAUUAAUAUUAAUUUAUAAACUGUGAUCGAAACUUCUUGCGCAAUAACUACGAAAAAAACUCCGAUCAAAUUAAUCAAUCUGACACACGACAAUUUGUCAAAAAUAGAAAAAAGCAUCGUUCAAUUUAAUCUGCACGCGUCGAGGAAUCAUUAAAAUGCAAUUUAGUUACGACAGUAUUAAAUUAUUCCGUGUAUACAUACCAAAACAUUGAAAAUGGCGUGUCACACGAAAAUAGCUAAACAAAUGAAAGAAGAGGACAUAGCUAUAAAGGGGGCGCACCUACUGGGGCCAAGUGUCGAGUCGAAAUUCGACGAGUUAAAGUACGAGGUGAUCCAUAAGAUUGAUAAGGAGUUGACUGAUUCUCACAACGCCAGGGAGUAUAUAUCGCAGAAGUACGACGAGCUGUGCAGCAAGAUCCAGUACUUGACGGAGCUGGACGCGACGGUGACGGGGUUCCGCAGCGACGUGAAGACCAUUGAGAAGCAGAUCCACGAGCUGUCGUCCCGCGUCGACGACAUCGAGAAGAGAACCAUCUGCAAGGAGUGCCCCUCGCUCACAUCUUCCAUGUAUUAAAUUAAAUUGACAGUUGGAA